CCCCCCGCCCCACCGAAAAAAAAAAAAAAAAAAGAGAGAGAGAGAGGGGGGAGACGUUUAACCCCACUGACGACGUAUCCGGCUGGAAGAAAGGAACGGGAGGGGGAGGGGUGAGGGGGGGGGGGGUUGUAAACACCUCCUCUUCCUCCCGCUCGUCUUCCUCCCGGCACAUCCCCUCGUCAAGUGGUUGUUGAGCGCAUCAAUCUGAUUUUUCCCAUUUGCGGGUGCUAGGAUGGGGGGGGUCAGCGAGGGGGACGACGUGCUGGCCAGAUGGAGCGACGGGCUGCUCUACCUGGGCAACGUCAAGAGGGUAAGCCCCCCCCCCCCCCCCCCCACCCGCGGGGGCUUUUUGUUUGUUUGUCGCCGCGCGAAGGCCGACGGCCGCUUUCAACCGCUGUCCGCCCGCAGGUCGACGGCGUCAAGCGAUGCUGCCUCGUGAGAUUCGAGGACAACUCCGAGUUUUGGGUCCUGAGGAAAGACAUCCACUCCUUCGCAGCCGGCGUGGAGGAAGUUUGCUGUAUCUGCGACGCUCCGCCCCUCAAAGAGCCCCUCGUAAAUUGUCUGAAAUGUCGCCACGGUUAUCACGCCGAGUGCCACACGCCCAGCAUCGAGCCGGAAGCUGACAGCGACUCGUGGAUCUGCCGCCAGUGCGUCUUUGCCGUAGCGACCAAGCGAGGUGGCGCCAUCAAGCGUGGGCGCUUCGCCCGCCUCAUGCACUUCAUGAAGCUGCGGCUGCCCUAUCAGCUGACGUCUUUGGACUGGGACGCGCAGCAUCUGUCCAAUCAGCAGCAGUGUUACUGCUACUGCGCCGGACCCGGAGAGUGGAACCUGAAGAUGCUUCAGUGCGGGAGCUGCGGCCAGUGGUUCCACGAGGCCUGCACUCAGUGUCUGAGCAAGCCGCUGCUCUACGGGGACAGGUUUUAUCAGUUCCAGUGCUCCGUGUGUAACAAAGGACCAGAGACUGUCAAAAGACUCCCCAUGACCUGGGUGGACUUGGCCCACUUGGUGCUCUACCACCUGUCGCUGUGCUGCAAGAGGAAGUACUUUGAUUUCGACCACGAAAUCUUGUCCUUCACCAACGAGAACUGGGACUCGUUGCUUCUGGGCGCGCUCUCCGACACGCCGAGGCAAGAACGAUGUCACAACCUCCUCAACGCGCUCAACGCCCACAAGGAGCGGUUCGUCUCCGGGAAAGAAAUCAAGAAGAAGAAAUGUCUUUUCGGGCUGCAGGUUCGAGCCCCGCCGCCGCUGACGUCCGAUUCGUUGCCCCUCAUCACCGAGCCGCCUGUCAACAUCUCCCACCGCAGAAGCCCGCUGUCGCCGCCCUGCCAGAGGAGGUCGUCCGGGCCCGAGGCCCGCAAGUCAAAGCGGCGCAUCACCGAGACGCAGGCCUGUCCGCCCCCGGUUUUGUCCAACCCUAUGGAGCUGCUGCCUUGUUGCCACGGCUACGUGGGAGGGGACGGCCUGUACACCCCCGGGAGGUCCGAGGAGGAACUGCACCUGAGUUCUCCUCCGAAACGGAUGUACGCGCUGUACCACACGGCGUGCAACAGAAACGCGGCGCUCUCCAGAGGUCUCCAACACUGUAACAGCAUGGACGACGGCUGCAGACUCCCCCCGCCCUGCUUCCCGUACCCCCUGGACUCCAGCGACCACCACCAGCCGGGACAGAAGCAGCCGGAACCCAUCCUGCUACGCGAUCUGCCGCCUCUCCCCCAGGCGGAUGCCGUCGGGGGCGGCGUGGCCCGGGAGGGGCUGGAAGACGGGACGCUUGCCAGGAGCUGGGGCGGGGGCGAGGCGGUGAGAAUCCUGGCCAGGCGGGUCAUGCCGGACGGGAAGGUGCAAUACCUUGUGGAGUGGGACAACGUGGGCUUGUACUGACCUCCACGCGCGGACUCUUUUGUACUUGCCGCGAGGAAACGCCGGCUUUAAGUUAAGAUGCUAAAUGUGGGAAAGACUGGCGGGCGCCGGGGGAGGGGGCGGGGGCGGGGGCGGAACAGCACACGUCGCAAAAAUCCAGGUCGCUGUCAUGGUACCGUCCCGAUCCCACGUCCGUUCAACCUCACGACUCUCGACUCGAUGUUCCUCUCGCUGGUGUUUCUUGGAUAUUUGUACUGUUAACUUUGGAAUAUGCCUUUGCCAUCUGCCAUCUUUUACCGGGACAGGAUCGUGUUCAACCUCCAGCUGCUUCGUUUGCGUCGCAUCGAGCGGGACGGGACGGGACGAUCGACUUUCAACUUUUAUAGAAGCCGCCAGUGGGUCAAAAAAAGAAAAAUACUUUCAAAAAGCUGAGGCCUUGCCUUGAGAUACGAGUUCAAUUCUGUGACACUUGUACCUCAAAUCAAUUUGCCCCAUUGAAGUGCAUGAAAAUGCCAAAAAUUCCUUCAUCAGAGACAAAGCAAAACAUUUUUAUCAAGUGCUUUAUAAAAACAUACAGGAAUGACAGUGGAGAAAAAAAAAAAAAAAAAAAAAACGGAAUUUUGUCACAAAUUGGGCAAAUAUUACAGCAGCGGUAAGGCGUUUUUUUUUUUUUUCUCUUUUCCAGAAGAUAAAGCACACGAGUAUUAUUUUAUGAAGUGCGAUUCUCCAUUGUGUGGGUUCAAAUAUCCGUCGCUUACAGGCUCAUAAAACCUUUUUAACAAGUGGACAAGGUACGAACUACUUCCUGAAGACAAAGAAGCUACGUGUUGCUUUGAAGUACACAACAUGCAGUUAAAUCUUUGACAGUAAAAGUCAAGUUUUAAUUCGCGAGCAAGUAAAGCAAAAACCUCAUCUGAAAACUAGCUCGUAUCUGGAAAAGCUCGCAGGCGGGGGCCGCUCGUAUCUCGAGGCGGCGCCGCCCUUUUGGUGCUGGGAUCUCGUCGAGUGACGCUGAGCCACAAUCAGAUGGUUUCUGUGACGGUGAAAGCAGCUUUUGAAGGUUUGAAACCGCUUGUCCGUCUUCUACGGUUUGACUAAAGUCGUGUUUAUACCUCACUUUGGGGGUCCUCGGUUACCUUUGGAGCGCCGUUCCCACGGCGACAACGCGGUCCCAGUAACAGACUUCUGUCGGAAAACUUGGAAUGACACGAAAUACUUUCCUCGCAAAAGGGAUUGGCUGAAAUUUCGGGACGAACUGAAAAUGAACUUUGAACCUUUCCGGGACGCCGUUUAAACGCGCGCGUCCAACUGUCCAACGUUUCCCUACAUGUCAGCAAUUUGAACGGCACGAACUUUUCCACGACGCCAGUCUCUUUGCAGAGAGAUGCCGACGGCCGUCGCAGUUCAGUCGCAAAACGAAAAAUGAGAAGUAUCGGUCCAGGAAAGCUCCAUUUUGAGCUCAGCUCUUUGCUGUCAGAAUUUUGGAAAAAAAAAAAAUAAAUAAGAAUAAUAAUAAAAUAAAAAUUGGGGCCUGCAUUUCAACGUUGAAAUUGUCACGCACGCGUCUGCGCUAAAAAGAAAACGAGUCACCUGGAGGUUCGCGCGCAUUUGUCCGCUUCGAUGACGUCACCGAGAUUGUAGCUCACGUCAACGAUAUUUGAUACAUUUUUUUUUUUGCCAUACAUCAUGUACAUUGACCUUUUUCUAUUAUUAUUAUUAUUUUCAUUAUGCAGUUACAUUGUACUGCUUAUUUAUUGAUAUAUUUUCACUGGACGCUUGAUGGUUCUUUGGGUUGGACAAAUCAGAUCAACGAAACAUUGAAAAAAAAUCUCAACAUUCCAAACUGAUUUAAAAAAAAAAAAAUUCUGUUUUCAGGAUGUUAUGUAAGAUUUUUUAUUUUUUGGGGAGGGGGGUGUUUGAUAUUGUUCUUUGUUUGUUUGCUAUUUUGGUCAACCACGUUGAGCAAACUCAAAAACUAAAACUGAGAGCGACAGAACUCGGUCGUAUUUAUAAUAUUAGUAAUAUUUGGUUUGCGUUGGAAAAUGGAGUCUUCAACCCUGCAAGUGUUCUUUGGAGGCACACGAUAAGCUCAAGGAACGACAAAGCGAACGCCGGUGUUUUUUUUUUGUUUUUUUGUGUGUGUAUAUUUUUUACUUUGGCGGUGAGAAGAGUGCGGUGCAAAAGUUCCAGAGUUUAUAUUUUAUACAAAAGCUUUAUUUCAGCACUGAGUUUGAUACAGCACGCGCAAUGUCGAUUUGACUUGCCAGUUUCAUCACCGACGUACGUUUUCGAAAAGUCGGCCUUCCGCCGUCGGUUUCAAUCCCGCUCCGGCGUCUUUGUUGCUCUGUGCUCGAAAGUCGAAAGGCGGCCGACGGGGGGGGGGGAAGCCGCGAUGUUGAAUGUAUUGAGUGUUUUGCCAAUGGUAAAUUUGUAGCCGUCAUGUGCUCGUUUUAGGUUGUACUCUCACCGGAUUGUUUUAGGAGGGGUGGGGGCGUACACCGGAUGGAAGGGAUUUAUUUUGGGAGCCUUUUGUUGGUUUUGAUUAGCUGUCAAAUCCAAGAGCAGUUUGGUGUAUUUUUGAACAAAUGACCUUUCUAUAAACGCUCUCUCAAUUCACGUAAGAAGAAUAAAUGCUUUCCCUUCAUAUGGUGCUUUAUUUUGUUCUUUCGUCAUGUGCAACUGACCACCCCCCCAAAAAAAGCUUUCAAUUCAAGUUCAUGCAGCUUUCCUGACGUAAUGUGCUCCCGUUUCUCCUGAACAAAACAGUUGCGCCGCUUUCAAA